GUUGUGCGGGGGGUUUGGGGCUCAGGGGCCAAACCAAACCAAGUGGAUUCGCUCUCGCACUCAACACAGACACCGAACCACAUCUGCACACAGCACCAUGUCCUGGAUGGCUGCUCUCUCGGCGGUGCUGUGGGCUUUGACCGCCACCCGGGGCUCGGGAGUGGCUGAUGUGAAAGCUCGGACCUGCUCUGAGGUCAGACAGGCGUACAGUGCCAAAGGAUUCAGCCUCAGCAACAUCCCGUACCAGGAGAUCUCGGGGGAACAUCUGCGAAUAUGCACACAAGGGUACACGUGCUGCAGCUCAGAAAUGGAGGACAAGUUGAGCCAGCAGAGCAAGCUGGAGUUUGAAAAUAUGGUGGAAGAAACUAGUCAUUUUCUGCGCACAACAUUUGUUUCAAGACAUAAGAAGUUUGACGUUUCUGACAAGCUUGUUCAUCAGUUGACAGUGAGAAGUUACAUGAUUGACACCAUGCACUUAGGCUUUCAAAACAUAACACAAGAGAGAUGCCUUGAUGAACAGUCACUGGGUUACAAGGCUUGA